CUUCCGGCGAGGAUCGUCACAUCCAUAGAUCACCAUGCCCAAAGCCUCGAGAAGAAGAACCGCCGCGCACGACCCUUCUGCCAAAUUCUCCCUUGCCCAGCGUCCUUUCGCGGUCCAGGACAACGCGGUCGAACAUGUCGAGAUUGGCGCGACACCUGAUGCAUCGGCCGAAGAGAUCCUCGCAUCUAUGAACGAGCCCGCACCCACAAACCUCGUUAAGAAGAAGGAGAAACUGCAGGCGAAGAAGGAAGCUUUCCUGCAGCGCCUCUCCUCCUCCCACUCGCCCUACUCCAAAUCCCACGAGCGCCGCCUCAAGCGCAAAGCCCGCGAGCAGCUCGCCAGUGGCAUGGGCGAGAUCCAGGCAGUGGUUGACGCGCUGGAGGGUGAGCAGUCGGAGGUGCAAACAAUAGGGGAAGCAGGCGCGGACGAGCAACAAUCACGACCGAAAAGUGGCAAGAACGGGGACCAAGACUCGACAGCGAUGAACACCACAACAUCAGACGAGCCGAAGAAGAAGCGGAAGGCGAAGGCGGGGAUCAUCGGGGAGGGGCGCAAGGAGCCGCUGAGUAAGGCGCAGAGGAAAAGGGCAUUACAAGCGGAAAAAAUGCGCCACCCCCUUAUCCUCUCGAACCCCAGCUUCGCCGCGAACCCGUUUAAAACGAUCCGCACGCAUGCAGAGAAUACGCUCGAGAAGCACCAGGCGCCGGCGGCGGGUUCAUGAGCAACAUCUCGUCGAUAUUGUCUGCUCUUGUAUUCUAUCUCGUAUUCUCUGUGCUCUAUCUGUGGAUUAGAUCUAAAC